CUUCUCGGUACUGUGGUUAAUCCCAGCCUUGGUUUCAGUUCUGCUAGACAUUGGAGCACAAAGAAAACCUGUCUCAAAUUUAUUUCCAGUCUUUCUUCCUGCCUUUUGUGACUUGCUGAAAAGAGUUUCACCGUCUGUGUUGUCAGUUGUUUGCAGUAAAAGCAGCCAGAACAGAUGGCCAAAGUGUUUAAGGACCAGCAUCCUGGCGAAAGUCUGGACAUGUUUUCAGAAAGAAAGGUUUCACCCACUGAGUCUGAAACAAAAAAAUUUGGUGAACAGAUUGAUAAAUUUGUGAGCUUUCUUCAUGAUAACACCUUCGGACGCGACUUCUCUGUGAAAGAAGUUAGAAAGUGUGGCUCACUGGGCAAGGGCACAGCAGUUCGUGGCAGGGCUGACAUCGACCUUGUCGUCAUCAUCAACGGCCUCAACAGUGUCGAGGACUUAAAGGCAAACAGGGUGCAGCUACUGGAAAGUCUGAAGCAGAAACUAAAAAAUUCGUUGGGGAUUGAACCAGAAAAUCUGAAGGUCAACAAAUACAUGUACUCUUUGACCUACAAGUGGAAUGGAAUUGAGGUGGACAUCUUGCCGGCAGUCGACAUCUUGUCAGCGUGCGGGUCGCCCAGUGGAAUCUAUGAGGCCAUGAAAAAAUGGAAAAACCCGAGGAUGCUGCUCAGCAGUUCUCAGCAUCUUUGUCGCCUCUUCAGCUCGACUUCGUCAAGGAAGUCCCGGAGUAUGUCAAGAAGGUGAUUCGCCUGGUGAAGCUGUGGAACAAGGAAAACGAACUUGAAAUCCGCUCCUGCAGUCUGGAACUGCAGACCAUAUCUGUCUGGCGAUCUACUGGUGAUGAAAAUCCAGGAACUGACAAACUGUUUCGAGAUGUCAUGACAAGUCUGGCGAACUUUGAGAAGAUUAAAGUGGCCUUUGACAAGCACUACGAUACAUCUUCUUACACCAGGUUUAGAAAGCCGCCAUACAUCCUUGACCCAGCAAAUCCAUUUAUGAACACCUUGCAUGGGAGGCCUAAGGCCUCUCACUUAGUUUCUACGAAAGCCUGGAAGGUGCUCGAAACCCUGAAACAACAGGAUGAGUGAGUACGAGACUCAGACAUGUGAGACCAUCUACAAUGUGGACAGAGAACUAUUUCAAACAGUCCACUCCGUGGUGAAUUAUCAAGAUCUUGUCAUCGAGAUGUUUACUUUGUGCCUCAAGCAAAUGUUAACAUUAUCUUAAUCAUCUUGUUGGCCUGGAAAUGCCCAGAAUCAAGACUUUAUGGGAUGCUCACUACAAACACUUAACUCAUUUCUUAUUGGGUUUUGUUACAUUUGUUUGUUACUUUUUGUAUUACAUUCCUUUGAAUAUGUUUAUUUUUUGACAUGUGAUUAUAGAAAUCAGUUUACAUUUUAUAUGCUGAUAGUUGUUUAUAUACUUAAAUAAGUUUUUUUUUUAUUUUGCUGUUAAGAAAAUCAUUCCUAAUUAGCAAAAGAAAAUACUUCAAAAUAGUCUCUCGAUAAUAUUGUAUAAGUGAAGAGACAAAUUUGUGCUUACUUUAACUAUGUUUAUUAAAUGCAGCUAAAUAAACAUUGCUGAAGUAAAAGUU